AUGCCAAGCUACGCUAAGUUCCUCAAGGAAAUUCUAGCAAACAAGAGAAAGUUGGAAGAUGAGGAAACAUUGAUUCUUACGGAGGAGUGCAACGCCAUUCUACAGAAGAAGCAACCUCUAAAACUCAAAGAUCCAAGGAGUUUCAGUAUCCCUUAUGUUAUAGGAAAUAUUGCAUUUGAUAGAGUUUUGAGAUUAGGAAUUGGUGAAGUGAAGCCUACAACUGUAUCUUUGCAGCUUGUAGAUCGAUCCAUUAAGCAUCCAAGGGGCAUUGUUGAAGAUGUACUAGUUAAGGUGGACAAAGUCAUUUUUUCGGCAGACUUUGUUGUGUUGGAUAUGGAAGAAGACAAGGAAAUUCCUUUCAUCUUAGGACGAUCAUUUCUUGCUACCGGGAAAGCCUUAAUUGAUGUACAAGAAGGGAAGUUGAUCCUAAGGGUCCAAGAUGGAACGGUGACUUUUAAUGUAUUCGAGGUAAUGAAAUUUCCAUCAGAAUCAGAUUCAUGUUUUAGUGUGGAUUUGGUGGAUAGACUUGUAGCGGAUACAAUCAAAGAGAACACCCCUCAUCUACCUCUAGAAGUUUGCAUUGCCCAAUCCAAAACAAUCAAUGUGGAAGAGCCGAAGAAGAAUGAGUGUGGCUAUAAUCAGAUUGCCAUUGCUCCUGAAGAUCAAGAGAAGAUGACAUUCACUUGCCCUUAUGGCACCUUUGCUUACUGA